UAGAAUCGGUACGUCCGAACCCAACCAACGGGAGUUCCGGAAACGGGUCCGAGCGCGUCCACGACAAGGAACCCGAACGGGGGUGGGUGCAUCGACGUAAUAGACAAGAAGCACCAAGGACGCGAUCGUUGUUCCGGAGUACAUACACUGUUAUUGCUGUGGUGGGUAGUGGAUAGAGGAUUACAGUGUUGCCUCUUGUCGGGAGAUCUUAUGAAGACGCCCUUGGAUUCGGCAAUCCGGCGGCGGGUGGCGAUCCUAGGGGCCUUGUGGCUCGCGUCGCGCCCAUUGCUCGCCACCGCGGCCUGGUUGGGCCCACCACAAUCCCUUUGCCCGUCCACACUGCCGUCCGCCACCUCCGUACCGGAAUGUCGUCGUCGGAUCCCCACGGCACUCCACGAUUCCAACGAAGCCCCCGACGAGGAAGGUAGGAAGCGCCAACGCAUGGAGCUGGUCCGGAGUCUCCAGGGAUCCUUCUAUCACACUGCCACGCGGGAACGACCCGCUGCCGCGUACCAUCGACCGACGGGACGUGUACACAAUCUACCACUCUGGAGAGUGGGAUGGAACGAAGCACUCGGACGGACCAACGUUCUCAACGUGCACGAAGCCAUGUACACCAACAUGUUCGAACACGUCCUGCAUCAGGAACCCCCCUGGUACGUUGGGCAUUUGUACCUACCCCAAGGCAGUCGCAAUAUCAAAUCUCCCGCACACGCGCUGCGAGAUUGGGAAAGUCUGGAACCGACCUUGGCAUCGCCAUCAACCAAGACAACCGCACCCCACGCUUCCAAUCGUGACAUGGACAACGACGAUUGGAACGAGCAAUCGUCCGUGCUGGGUGCACUCUUGCGCAUUGUCGAUUACCGUCGCAUGGGGGAUGGACGUCUCCUACUCCUCAUACAGGCAUUGGAACGCUUCGUCGUCACGGACGUGAUACAAACCUUGCCCUACAGUGUCGCCAACGUACAAAUCGUCCCGGACUUGGAAGAAGUCGACGCGGACGUGGAUUGGAUAGGCAAAGAAUCGGAAUCCUCACGGACCGUCCCUUGGGCGCGGGGGGAGGCCGUCCGGGAAAGUUUCGACCGCUGGCACCGUUACGAAUACGACGCCGAGACCGUCUUGCCCCUGCCGGUCGCCGCUGAAUUGUCCACGGGGGCCGUACUAGGCACGGCCCUACGACAAGUCCUGCCCCACGCGCGGUACGCCCGCGAUACCAACGUGGCUGCCUUGGCCCUCGAGCGCUUGCCCGAUAGGCCUUCCAUCGAACAUACCGAACCGACACCCGAAUCCCUCGUUCACGAUUCGGCACACGGCCUUGCGCCAACGCCAUCGUCCCACUGUACACUGGAACAAAGACUGCUCCAAAAAGGAAUUCUUCGGGAACCUUUUCUGAACGAGGAACUCCAAGCUUUGACGCUCGACGAUUUGGAACGUCGUUUGUGGAUCGUCUUGGAUUCAUACUUCAAAACGAGCCGGGCUCCUCUUUCUUCGCACUUGCUCGGUCUCUUGCCACCGGAAAUUACGUCGUGGCCCAAGGGGUUUGUGCUUCAGCAUGUUUGUCACGCCAUGCAGGCCAACACCGACCAUGACGGUGGCGAUGCCACGGACACGAACAAGUUCGUGCACGCCGUGUCAAUCGAUUAUCCCAAAGAUCGACGACAAAAGCGACUCAGCUACACGGCGGCGAGUUUACUGGAAGAUCCGCACGAUGGAGCCGCGACGACCGCACUCCGGAGAUUGCUACUGGCGUGUCCCACGACCAAAAGUCGACUAUGUUACGUGUUGCAAAUUCUGGAAGGCACGUGCGGGGCGUUUCAGUAAAACAAGGACUGGAACAAAGCAAUCACUCGACGUUGUCGUGCGGUGACGGAUGGACUACCGGAACGGUUUAUGUAUACCCCUCUCAGCUUGCGGAUGGAAUUAUGGGAAUGCGACCCUGGUGAAAUCAUCAUUUUACUAAUAGGCAAUGGAUGAUUUGCGCCGGAGCAAAAAUAGCAGGAGAUAACUCGUUUCGCUCCAGCCCAACGAAGGAGUCCUUUAUUCAUUAGAAUGGGUGCUGCUGCUACCGCAAAUAAAGACUCUGGAGUCAGCCGAAUAACGGAAGCCUUUAUACUCUUGU